AUCUUACAUAGGUGCGCGUAUCUCCGGACGUGAAAAUAUCUGUAGACUCUAAAAUCUAGAAAAGAAAAAAAAAACCUACAAGGACGAAGAGAUUAAAUCUCAUCCGUUGGUUAAGAAUACCGUCUACUCUCAAUCACUUGUUAUUCUCUCAUCCAGGUUGACCCAUCAUCGCCUCCGCCACAAACCCUCCUCAAUCACCCCUCUCUCGUUUGUUUCUGAGAGAGACACAAGGGGAAUAUAUACAUAAAAACCUUACUAUCCCAGCUUCAGAGACACACACAUACAUACAUAUAUAUAAACAUUAAUCUAUGGAUUCAGAUCAGGGGAAGCUGUUCAUCGGUGGGAUUUCAUGGGAAACUUCGGAGGAGAAGCUGAAAGAGUAUUUCGGUAAUUAUGGAGAGAUUCUACAGACGGUCGUAAUGAGAGACAAGAUCUCCGGCAGGCCACGCGGUUUUGGUUUCGUCGUCUUUUCAGAUCCUUCCGUACUCGACACUGUUCUUCAAGAAAAACACACCAUUGAUGGCCGAACGGUGGAGGCUAAGAGGGCCUUAUCAAGAGAGGAACAACAGGUGUCAAAAGCUGGAAACCCGAGUGGUGGUAGAAGUUUUGGUGGUGGUGGUGGGGGUGGGGGAGGUACAAGGACAAAGAAAAUAUUUGUGGGGGGUUUGCCACCCACUUUGAGUGAAGAAGGAUUUCGUCAGUAUUUUGAAGUGUAUGGACAGGUAACUGAUGUAGUAGUAAUGUAUGAUCAGCAGACUAACAGGCCUCGUGGCUUUGGAUUUAUUUCAUUCGAUUCUGAGGAUGCUGUUGAUAGGGUUUUGCACAAGACUUUCCAUGAUUUGAAUGGUAAGCAAGUAGAAGUUAAAAGGGCUCUUCCUAAGGACGCUAACCCUGGUGGUGGUGGUGCUGGUGGUGGGCGGUCCAUGGGCAGUGGUGGUGGUGGUGGUGGUUAUGGUGGAAGUUCAGGUUCUUAUGAGAGUAGAAUGGAUUCUAACAGGUACAUGCAAUCUCAAAGUGGCGGCGGUGGUGGUGGUGGUGGUGGUGGUGGAGGGUUUCCACCAUAUGGGACACCUGGAUAUGGAUAUGGCCCUAGUAAUGGAAUGGGUUACAAUGGGUAUGGCAGCUAUGGUGGUGGGACCCCAGGGUAUGGUGGUGCACCAUAUGGAAACCCAAAUGUUGCAGGUGCAGGGUAUGGAAGCGCUCCAUCUGGUGCAGCAAGGAGUUCAUGGAAUGCUCAGCCUUCCUCCGGAUAUGGUGGUGCCGGAGCUUACGGGGCUGCCCCAUGGGGUGGUUCUGUUGCUGGAGGUGGUGGUUCACAGGCGGCACCACCACCUACCGGUCAAUCUCCGAGUGGAGGUGCUGGGUAUGGGAGUCAAGGGUAUGGUUAUGGUGGUGGAUACGGUGGUGGUAACGACGGGUCUUAUGGGAAUCCUGCUGGAUAUGGUGCUGUUGGCGGCCGUAUCGGUGGUGCUCCGGCUGCCAAUUCUGGUGGUGCUGGCGGAGAAAUUCAGGCCUCUGGCGGUGGUGGUGGUGGCUACAUGGGGGGAAGUGGUGGUUAUGGGGAUGCUAAUGGAUAUGGGAAUUCAGGGUGGAGGGGUGAUCCUUCACAAGCUUCCGCCGGGAACUAUGGUGUUCAGGGGAAUGGCGGGCAAGGUGGUGGUGGGUAUGGUGGUUAUGGCGGUGGUCCGGUGAGGCAGGGUUAGCAAGAGUGAUUUUUGAUCGUACAAUUAAUAUGUUGUUGCGGAUAGGAUGACUGGUUGGGUUGGGUUGGCUUGCUUGAUUGAUUCUCGGUAGCUUGAAGUAAUCUAUUAUCUGUUUUGGUUGGUUUUUUCUUUCUUUUAAAUAAGCAGUAUUUUUGAGGAGUAGAGUUGAGUUGGUUAAUCAUCAUUUGCUUCUUCUUUUUCUUGUGUUUGGCUUGGUUAUAUACUUUAUAUUAUAGUGUGUAUUAGAUUUUGUUAUGGUGUUCUACUUCUAAGAUAUAAUUUUCAUAUAUUAACUGAUAUGAUUCUCUCUAUCUGUUCAGUUGUGAUGUGGCAAUUCCCGAGGCAUCUAGCAAUGUAAUUAUUAUUAUAUGUAAUAAAUAGCAAUGGAGUAUAAAUAAUAGUGUUAGAAGUUAAGAGAGGAGUAAUGCUGUAGUUGAGAGGAGAGAUGCAUUGCUGAUGGAGCUUGAAACUACUGUUAUGCUGAAGGUCUGUCAUUACUCAUUACAUGGAUGCAGUUGUUUUCUUCAUUGGCUUUAUGGACAGAUGGAGGAGCUUGACUUGACUGUGUUGUGGUAUGUCAUAUGUCAAUUUUAAGUGGCUAUCUAUCCAUUCCCAUUUGUAAAUGGAAAUUCUGCCAAUUUGACAUACAAGUCGAGACUCAUCUAGUAUAGUAACCAUUAGGCUGUGUGUUUGGUUUGGUAUGAUGGAAUUGGAAAAGAAACCAUGUUUGUUUUGCCUGACAUAAUCAAAUGGUCUGGAAGGAGCUCGAUCUUACUCAUUUUUUAGCUUGUGGAGCUGUUUUUUUUACUUCUUCCAUUCCAUUUUGUGGUAUGCUCA